GAGUGCGGAGUGUCCGGUGUGUCAACUUGCCGCAUUGUUUUUUUCUGCUUGUGUGGCACCAGCUUUGCGAGUUAUCGCCUCUCCUGUGGCACCAGCCUUGUGUGGCACCGAUCGCGCGAGUGGCACCAGUACGAUGAUGAGUUAUAACGUCGGAGGCGGCAGCGGGGGCGGGGACAUCGGCUACCUGGACAAAGUGGCACCGAGCUCUCCCGGCGAACACAAGCGCUUCACGGUGAGCCACCUGCUGGAUCUGCCCGACCUGGUGCGCCUUCCGCAGACUCCCGCCUUCACCCACGACCUGGCCGCCCUCCACGCCCACCCUGCCCACGACCUCGCCGCCCUCCAUCAACUUCAGGGACCACACCUCUACCACAAUGCAAGGGCGCCCCCUCUGCACCCGCAGCAGCACCACCACCACCUCCAGAACCACGGGCAGCACCAGCAACAAGCGGCGGCGGGGCUUCAGCACCAGCAAGCCGUGGACUGCAGCCCGGCACAGCACCUCCACCACCAGCAAAAACAGCAACAGCAGCAGCAGCAACCACAGCAGCACCAACAGCUCCAACACCCGCAGCAACAGCCUGCGCCGCCGCAGCACUCCCCCGUGCAGCACGUGGGUCCCGCUCAAACCAGGGUGCAGCAGCAGCAGCUCCAGCAACAGCAGCAGCAACACCAGCAACAGCAACACCAGCAGCAGCAGCAACAGCAGCAGCGUCAGCAGCAGGGGAGCGCGGGCGGCGACAUGCGUGUGACCAGCCCGACGGCGCCGAAGACCGAGCGAUCCCCGGCCUCGGCUCAUGACACCGACAAGAGUGACGAAGAGGACGCAGAAGGCCGCAAGAAGAAACCCAGGAGGAACCGCACCACCUUUACCUCGGUACAGCUGACGGCGCUGGAGAAGGUCUUCGAAAGGACGCAUUACCCCGACGCCUUCGUCAGAGAGGAACUCGCUAAGAGAACCAACUUGAGCGAAGCCAGAGUCCAGGUCUGGUUCCAGAAUCGCCGCGCCAAGUUCCGACGCAACGAGCGAAGUGUCCUGGCGCAGAGGUCCUCCACUUUCCGGCCAGCUGACACGCCCCCUUCUGUCACGCCCACGACAGGUCCCGUCGAGCAGCCCCUCGCGCCCAGGCCCUCGGGCAACACCGGCAUGGCCAUGUGUGACUACAGCGGCUACGGAACGGUGGGCGUGGGCGUAGGGGCGUGGAAGGGGUCCGGAGGAGGCGUGGGCGGAGCAACGCCUCCUUAUCUCUCACACUUCACGCCCACCAGUUCUCCCACGCCCAUGUGUACGUCGUUGCCACCCGGACUCGGCGGAACGUACGGCAGUGGAAUGCCCACAGCAGGUCAAAUGGGCGGAGCUUACAUGGGGUCAUCGCUAGCGAAUCUGCGACUGCGCGCGCACGAGUACUCUCUUCACCAAGGUCAAGUGUGAAGUGCUCUCUUAACUCGUGUGCGAAGAAGAAAACAAUACAGAGUGGUUAUAACGCAGGACAUGUGAUGCUCCGGUUCAUGUGUUCGAAGCAUCGGUGGUUCGUUUGGUGUGAACCGUGAAGUUCGAACUUUCGGGAGAAAUAUUAGAGUGUGAAAGAACUUGUGAUCUUAAAGUGCGUUGUGAAUCCACUACGCCUUGUAUAGAAAUGUGUGUGCACACUAAGUCUAUUUGUUCAUGAUAAGAUCACGUUCAUGAACCAUAUUGACGAGUGGAAAUCAUCUGUGAGAAAGAAAAAAAUAAUAAUUGUGUAUAACUGUAACGAUACUAUUGCCUGCUUCACAUGGCCGACUGAAGCUAUGCCCAUAGAUUUAAACCGGUCAGGGACAUUUACAAAUAUUUAAAAAAAAACAUAAAGUACUCCCCAGUUUUGUUUGAAGUCAUACCUUCAGUGACGUGGAGGUUUCGCCAAUGGACGCAGCUCAUCACGAACACCAAAGUUUGUUGUUUUAGCAUGUUCAUCAACGGCAGAUUCCUUGCUAGUGUUCAGUGAUCGACAGACCAGUGACGGAUGAAAGGGUCUUAGUUAAGUAAAGACGUCGCUGUUGCAGUAAUUACUUGAAUAUGAAUUCACUUCUGUUAUGUAUUCGCAUGUACCGGAUUCACAGCAAUAUAUUAGUGUUAACAAUAUAUAUCAUAUCUGUGUCAGUAAAUGGAAGCCAUGUUAGACAGAUGCUAAGGAAUAAAGUCUAAUCCAGUGGAAGAAAACCAAUUAGACUUACAGGAAAUAAUCAGUUAGUCAAAGGAAAAAGUCUUGGAGCUUUUCUAAAUAGGUCAGCACCUCACUAGCAACACCGGGAAUGAAAAUCGAAAUCUUCAACGUCUUGGGCUUCCUCAACGUCCGUAACCAACAUGCUUUUAAAGGAGAAAGCACGGAUGAAGCAUACAUUACAGGAUUUAAAGCAAAAAAGAAAGUGAUAUGGAACUGUGUAUCGUUUGGCUGUAAGCAAGGAAAUUACAUGGACUGAUUAGGAAAGACGAAGGCAACUCGGAAGCACCAAAAAGCAAUGUUUCUUGGCCCGUGUGUAGUGUGGCGCUCCUCUAUCCGUUGAACACGAGAAAUAUGUUCAAAAGGUUCACCCGUGAUAAAACUUUGUGUGUCUGUGAUCAUCUGAAGAGACCUUAUUAGUGUUGGCAAUGAUUUUUUUAGUUCCUGAUGCAUAUAUGACUGAUUCCAAGGCAGAGGACCAGGUUGUGGAGAGGCAUAGCCCUGGUUGCAUCACUGUACUUAGUAAACUGCAUUCUUUCCAUUUCUCAUAUACAGUAUGUUGUUUCAUACUUGGAGUAUUAAUUGCAAAUUUGGUUAUUAGAAGUGAGGAAAAAAAAUCUUACACUUGUAAUUCAAGAAUAAUAUAUUGUGGACCACA